UAGUAAUAAUAAUCUGAAAUAACUGUCUAACCGGUAAAGAUAAACUCGGCUAAUGAACCAUAUUGAUAACCCAUAUAUCAAUUACUGAAAAUUAGAUUUUCUGCUACGUUUAGCGUUAUUAUCCAAAGAUAGGAAUCAGGACCGAUAAAUUAAGCGCUUCUUCCAUACUUCCGUCGUUGAUCGCAGGCUCAAAGAAGAGAAGUGGUAGAUUUAACGUCCUAUUUGUAGUUUCCUCAGUUUGUACACAUAGGCAGCCUACGCAGUUGCACCGUUAGGUGGAAGGUCUAUUUAUUUAGCCUAAUGAAAAUGUUCGGUUUUAAACCGCCCUUCUAAAAUGAACUAUGUUCAGGCUAUUUUAGAGCAGCCUAUGAUUUAACAGAAAUUGCGCAUACUUGGAAACGUGAUUCUAUGAAUAUCUGCCUAUAAGAUUGCAUAGGCUGUAGUCAGACGUAUUCAACAGGCCGUGAAAAAAAAAAAAACAGAUUGUCCUUGCGAUCAGAGAACAUUGGUUAAAUUCGGAAUAACGAUUGUUCAUUUGCAUUCGCCUUGAGUUUAGCUGAAUAGUGAUUAUAUCGAGAUGUCCCUGGCUUCUCCCGAAAAGAUUAUCGAUAAACGAGCGUUUUUGGUUCGUAUGUUUGCUGUUCUUCAGCUUUACUAUAUAACCUAUGGUAAUUAGACUUCUAAAGUAGCCUAAGUAAUUAGCGGAGGUAUGUGCCAUGGACCCCCCAAAAAACAACAGUCUAACAAAUAGUCCAACUCUUUAAAUAAUCUAUGAGCCACUGAACCUCGGGUUUCCAGAAAUCUCCGCUGCCGAAAGUAUGUUUAUUGUCUUUCUCUGGAUAAGCCUUUCCGAAAAAGUAGGCGGUAAUUAUCGGUGGAAAAUGGCGAGCAACUAUUAGUCGCGAAAGAGGUACCUGCCAUUGGCUGGGCACCUGGGAUUGAUGAGACGCGGUGGCCAAUGAGACUGCGGCGAGCGAAUGGCCGGGCCCCAGUUAAAGGGGGCGUAAAAGGAGAGAUUGUCAGUCCAGUGAGAAAGAGCGACCCGCCGAGAUAAACACGGGCGAACGAAAGAAAUAAACACAACCAAUCGGAACGACCAUCCGAGAUGCACCGAGGAGCCGCAGUCUCUGAGAGGAAAAUCUAGCGAGAUAAUUAUUAAUUCUUAGUGCUUCUGUGAAAAGCACAGGCAUUCACUAAUUUAUCAAGGAAAAAAAACACAGAGGACCUUUUUCUGCAUCUUUUCAUGGGGAUUGUGCGUUACAAGUUAACUGCGAGGGGAAAGUGUAUAGUGUUCAGUAAGACAAGCUGUAGGUUGUGUUUUUCUGCUAGCGGAUCAUCUCUUUGAACUUCGACUGAUGGUGUGUUUUUCACCUUCCGAAGGCGAGACCUCAGUAGAAGGCUAGGUGUUUAUAUUUAUUUUUUUCUCUUCUUGCCGUUGAAGUCACUUGCUGUCGCGCAUACAUUUGAAUCGAACAAAAUCUUAAUUCUGGAAAAAUAAAAAAUAAAAUAAAAAUGUUAUUGGACGCUGGUCACCAGUUCCCUGGUUUGGGAGUUGGCACGUUUGCCAGGCAUCAUUCGUCAAGCGAAAUGCAGGACAGAGACUUGAGUUUAGCGCAGAAUAGCUUUGUCGAUUCUGCGCACAUGGGCGCCUUCAAAUUGAACCACGAUCUCUCCCCUGGACAGACCUCCGCGUUCACCUCUCAGGCGGCCGGUUACCCCGCUGCGGCGCUGGGCGCGCACGCCGCUCACGUCACAUCGUACGCCAGCUCGCCUUUUAACUCUACUCGGGAGUUCCUCUUUCGGAGCCGCGGCUUCGGAGACUCGUCUCCGGCGGGCAGCCAGCAUGCCCUCUUCGGCCCCGCGGCGGGGUCUCUCCAUCACUCCCACACGGACGGCCAGGGCCACAUAUUGUUCCCGGGGAUCCACGAUCAGCACGGAUCCCACGGCUCUCCGAACGUGCUGAACGGACAAAUGCGGCUUGGACUACCGGGGGAAGUUUUUGGUCGGUCGGAUCAAUAUCACCAGGUCUCCAGUCCGCGGGCCGACCCUUACUCCGCAGCCCAGCUCCACAAUCAGUACGGCUCCAUGAAUAUGAACAUGGGUAUGAAUAUGGCAGCCCAUCACCACCCCGGAGCCUUCUUCCGCUACAUGCGGCAGCAGUGCAUCAAGCAAGAGCUCAUCUGCAAGUGGGUCGACCCGGAGCAGCUCAGCAACCCGAAGAAGAGUUGCAAUAAAACUUUCAGCACCAUGCACGAGCUGGUGACUCACGUCUCCGUGGAGCACGUCGGCGGACCGGAGCAGAGCAACCACAUCUGCUUCUGGGAAGAGUGCACGCGCGAGAGCAAACCUUUCAAAGCCAAAUAUAAAUUGGUCAAUCACAUCCGAGUGCACACGGGAGAAAAGCCCUUUCCCUGCCCGUUUCCUGGAUGUGGAAAGGUCUUCGCGCGAUCGGAAAACUUGAAGAUACACAAACGGACGCAUACAGGAGAGAAACCCUUCCAGUGCGAGUUUGAAGGCUGCGACAGACGCUUCGCCAACAGCAGCGAUCGUAAGAAGCACAUGCACGUGCACACUUCGGACAAGCCCUAUCUGUGCAAAAUGUGCGACAAGUCCUACACGCACCCCAGUUCUCUGAGAAAGCACAUGAAGGUGCAUGAGUCGUCUCCCACGGCAUCAGACUCGUCGCCCGCGGCCAGCUCCGGCUACGAGUCAUCGACGCCCCCUGGCCUGGUGUCUCCGUCCACAGAGACCCACAACAACAACAAUCUGUCGCCCGCGUCAGCUGUUCACAAUAACAGCGGACACAGCAGCCUGUCGUCCAAUUUCAGUGAAUGGUAUGUUUAGGACACAAACUUCAGACCCAAUUAAUAGAACAUAGGACAAAAAGAAGAUCCAUGUAUGUAUAUAUAAAUAUAUAUAUAUAUAUAUAUAUAUAUAUAAGUCUUGUACAAAGGAACUAAUAACAUAAAUGGACGCUGUAAUAUUAUGCGAAUGAAGUCUUCAAACGAAAUUGCAUUGUGAAUAUAAUAAUCAACCGAAGAAAAUUUGUUUGAGAUUUAUUCCACAUUUUGUAUAUAACAACAAAUAAUAAUGACUUGCUGUCUUUCCCCAUGGUUGUAAUAGAUUUUGUCAGUUUUAGAUGUAUAGAUGUUCAUUCAAUGGUAGCUUGUUUCUCGAACUGGAAUUUUAGUGCACACAUUCUAACGGAUUCUAAAAUCUUUUGUAUUAUGAUGUUAAAUAUUGUGAUCCAGUUAAGGCAAGUUGAUUGUAACUAUACUACUAUAAACAGGAAACCGUGCCAAAGUUAAGACUUAACUCAAACAGACACAAUAUUUGCUUGUGAAUGUAUAUUUUCCUUCGCCGGGUUUAACUUGUGAUGUUUUUGUGCUUUGCAAGUUUGAAUUGUGAAAUACUAUUUGGAAGAUUAGGGGGAAAAUAAAUGUUGUGUCGUUAGAUUUUCUGUAACUACACCCUUCCUUUUGUAAAUAUCAGCUGCCAUAUUUAUCCAUUUGUAAUUAAAUUAUGCUAUUUACUUGCUUCAGAUGAAACAAUAUUUAUAAAGAAUGUUUCUUUAUUAUAAAUAUGUACAAUUACGAGCUAAACACGGGGCAGUUGUUUUGUUGUGUUUUGUUCAAAGUUUAAGAGGUGUUUUCUCCAUUCUUGUGAUAAGUUUUAAGAAUUUUACUGCAUACAGAAAUAUAAUAAAAUGUGUUGCAAGUGUUUGA